UGUGGGGUCAUAGCAAGAGUUUGAAAGAAGAUAGAGUCUUGCUAUCAUUUAUUAUUCACCCUUCUUUCGAAAAGCUAGACAUACCAUGACCGGGGGGAAAGAUAAUAAUGCCAACGUGGUCAGCCGUGACAUCAACUCAGACUCGAAAGAGUCCAAUUAUGAGGUGUCCGUGAACCCACAACUCUCAACAAUUCUCUCUCUCAAUGAUGAGGUGAACAAUAUGGAUAUCAAAGAUAUGGAUGAGGCAUACAAGUUUUUGGACGCCGAGACCGAAGCACUCGAGUUGGAUCCGGCGUACGAGAAAAAACUAGUACGGAAGAUUGACUUCCACAUCAUGACUAUCAUCUGCGGUUUGAUGGCGGUGCAGAUGAUGGAUAAAACAACUAAUUCUUAUGCGGUUUUGAUGGGAAUGAGAAAAGAUUUGAAGAUGACGUCUGAGGAAUACAGCUGGGUUGGAUCCUCUUUCUAUUUGGGAUAUUUGGUCUUCGAGUAUCCUGCCAACUUGCUUUUACAGAAGAUGCCGCUAUCGAAAACUUUAGGCUUGGCUAUUGUUCUUUGGGGUGUUGUAUUGAUGUGCCAUGCAGCAUGCAAGACUGCAGCAACGUUCCUUCUUUGUAGAACAAUUUUGGGUAUUUUCGAAGGGUUUAUGAACCCUUCUUACAUCAUCAUGACCAGUCAGUGGUACAGGAAAGAAGAACAAUUCAUGAGAACGUGUUUGUGGUACGGCUUCCAAGGUCUGGGUACUUUGGUUGGUGCAUCCAUUGCUUAUGGUCUACAAGUUCAUAGGGCUGGGUAUCAUGCCUUUGCUUCUUGGAAAUGUUUCUACAUCAUUACCGGUGCUAUAACCGUUUUCCUCGGAGUCGUUUCGGCUUUGCAUGUGCCUGAUGUACCAGUGAAAGCAUGGUUUUUGAACAAAAAAGAUAAAAUGUACGCCAUAGAAAGAUCCAAGUCAAAUCAACAAGGUUUUGGUAACAGAAAGUUCAAGAAGUAUCAGCUUGUUGAAGCCUUCACUGACCCUAUUACUUACUGUAUCUUUAUCUAUGCUAUGUCAUAUGCAAUUCCAAAUGGUGGGUUGAACAAUUUUGGUUCCAUUCUACUCAACAAAGACUUUGGAUUCUCCUCUCAACAAUCAAGUUUAAUGAACAUGCCAGGUGGAGGUAUCGAUAUCAUUUUCCCUCCUGCAGUGGCGCUGAUCAACCACUUUUGGUUGAAAGACUUUAAAAUUAUUUCCAUGGUCAUCAUCAAUUUGCUUUGUGUCGUUGGUACAUGUUUACUUGCUUUCACUGACCAUAGAGGCUCCAAGUUAACUGGAUACUACACUUUGUACAUUUCUACUACCAAUAUGGCCGGUGUUGCUUCGAUAGUCUCGUCUAACGUGGCGGGCCAUACCAAAAAGAUUACUGCAAGUACAGUUUUCUUAGUCGGAUACUGUGUUGGAAACAUGAUUGGGCCUCAAACAUUCCGUGAAUCUCAAGCGCCUGGAUAUGCUGGUGCCAAGACUGCCAUGUUGGUAUCUUACUGUGCAGGGGCUGUUGCGCUAUUUGUCAUUUACUGGAUAUAUUUCAAAAGAAACAAAGACCGUGCAGCAGAGAGAAAACAAGCCGAGGAAGUCAUUCCUGCUGAUCGGAUUGCUUUUGCAGAUUUGACCGAUCUUCAGAACCCUGAGUUUGUAUAUGAUUUGUAGCUUCUUUACCAUAUUGCUAAAUUUUUUAUUUUACUCUCAAGCAUAUUACUCUCUUUGUCUCUUAUUUUUUCUUGACUUUAUUGUAUAUUUUUUGUUUCAGACACUAAUAAUGCUUAAGCGCU